CCCCCGCCUGCCGUUGGGGGCUUACUCUAACCGUUUCUCUCUACCCUUUUACUAUGUACGCCGGGCAUUCACAUGGGACCCACGUUGAAGAAUAUGCAUCUGACCCCUUUCGAACGGCCCCAUCGCAAACAAAAGCGACAUCGACCUAUUACUGGCCAUGAGUCCUGCAGCUCGUUGCCCCGGGGAUUUUAACCGGCUCACGGAGUUAGAUCCAACAAUCAGCCUCUGUGUGUAUAUGGUGUGCUGAUUAUACCUGAUCUGAGACCGUUGCCGUCUGCAUGACAUAGCUACCGCGUAGUAACCAUCAUCUACCCGGAUCACUGGGGCUAUUUCAUCUCGAAGGAUCCCAAGUUCUUGAAACAGCGGUAUGACUGUCCGGUCCGAUACCAAUCAAAGUCCGGCCUCGCUCUUAUACUGUUUCCGUCGUUCCCGGAAUUCGUACAUCAGUCAAGCUUCUCCAAGUACAUUCAUUUCCUUGAUCCUCGACCAUCAAAUUGAUCAGUCGGCGGUAUUGUAGCUCGUUUGGUGCGAUCUGAAGGUUAGCUCUCAGCAGUGAAACACAAAUGGCUUAGCCGACUCGGACAUCUCCGCCGCGGACCGUGGUUCAGCCACGACAACAACAACAACAACAACAACAACACAAGGCAUUGCUGUUUGUAGAGCAUAUUAGAUCACUGAGUAGCCUGCGUAUUCUUGCCGUGGACUUCUCGGCUGGGAAUAUUUAACAGACACUUUCACCAUGGUAUUGAUUCCAGCCGUUUAAGGGUGGAUUGGAUUUCAAGUCGACAUCUCGCACAAAAGUCAAUGGAAAGCGUUCGACGUCAUGCGUCAUAGACGGAAGCACACCAGGAGAACAGUUGCCAAGUGACAAUCUGCUCCAACUCUAAAGCCGUGACAAUGAUCGCUACUUGCUAAAUACUCACCCCGAUCUUUACCACAAGGCACAUGAUCAUCCUCGCUGAAUACAGAUUCCUGGUCUCUCCCUUUAUCGAGCCCAUUGACAUUCGCACGUGACAGAUAAUUGGUGUCUGGAUUCUGCAAUGUCCUCUUCCAUAUCUUCUGCACUCAGAGAAUCUUUCCAUCUCAAGAUAGCACUUGAGUGUGUACUUUAUUCUUCAGUCCCAAGCCGAUCGGGAAGAAUGAGAAUCUAAUACUAUGAUGAUGCACUAAGAGAUGCCUGGUCGGUUUCUACACAACUUAGAAAACGCUUAAAUGUCGCGAAGAUCAAGUGGUCUACCCUGGCUUUGAGUAAGCCUGGUUUACCACCGGAGUCACUGCGAUCCACACCUUUCUCUAAGAUUACCCGAUUGGGUAUAUUCAGAUAGCGAGCACGCGCACGUGGUAUGGCGUCGAUCCGCGUUAUCAGUGUUUCGGGCUAGCGGCGCCAUAGCAACCACCUGGGCAGUCAUCAGGCACAUGCGUCACAAGACAUGAUAACAGUCCAAGGUGUACAUUCAUCUCUUCAGCUCCAUCUUCUCCUCUAUCCAUCUCAACAUUCACAAUCGCAACAGUAAAUAAGAUGAGGGUCCAUUCAGCUAUCCCUCUCUGUGCUGCCGUCGCUGGAACUGCGGCCGCACUCCAGCAAAUCCCCAUUCUUUCGGAUGACGAGCAACAGAGAGUCUUGGAGCCCAGCAGCAGCAGCAGCAGCGAGGAGAAGCCACUCGUCGAAUCUUCCGCACUCCAAGACCUCAUCAGCGGGGACAGGCUUGAAGUUCGUGCGAAGAAGUUGUAUGAGAUUGCGAAAUUGGGGGAAGACGAGUACAACCACCCCACGCGAGUGAUCGGCAGUGCUGGCCACGCCGGAACAUUAUCGUACAUCUACGAAACCGUUCUUCAGCUCGGCGAUUAUUACACUAUCGCCAACCAAAGUUUCCCCGCCGUUUCGGGAAACGUUUUUGAAUCGCGCCUGGUCCUUGGUAACGAGGUCUCCAAGUCGGCCGCACCUAUGGGCUUGACACCACCCACCAAGAACAAGCAACCCGUUUACGGAGAUCUCGUUCUCGUUGAUAACGAGGGGUGUCAGCUUUCUGAUGUUCCAGAUUCGGUCAAGGGUAACAUAGCCUUUAUCAAGCGCGGUACCUGUCCCUUCGGAACCAAGUCCGAACAUGCGGGCCAAAAGGGUGCUGUUGCCGCUAUCGUCUACAACUACGAGAAAGAUGCAGUACAGGGAACUCUAGGUACCCCUUCUCCAAACCACGUGGCCACUUUUGGUUUGUCUGGUGAAGAAGCCGAUCCCAUCAUCGAGAAGCUCCAGAAGAAAGACCGUGUCGAUUCCAUCGCAUACAUCGAUGCCGAAGUAAACCAGAUUCUGACCACCAACAUUGUGGCCCAAACCACGGCAGGUGAUCCCGGGAACUGCGUCAUGCUUGGUGCCCACAGUGACAGUGUGGCUGAAGGCCCCGGGAUCAACGAUGAUGGCUCUGGAACCAUCAGUCUGCUCGAAGUUGCCACCCAGCUUACCAAGUUCAACGUUUCCAACUGCGUCCGCUUCGCCUGGUGGGCCGGUGAGGAAGAAGGCCUCCUCGGGUCAGAUUACUAUGUCGCUACCCUCCCUGAAGAGGAAAACAAGAAGAUUCGUCUAUUCAUGGACUACGACAUGAUGGCAAGCCCGAACUUUGCUUAUCAGAUCUACAACGCUACCAAUGCUGCCAACCCAACGGGCUCGGAGGAGUUGAGGAACCUGUACAUUGAUUGGUACAAAGACAACAAGCUAAACUAUACCUUCAUCCCCUUUGACGGCCGCAGCGAUUACGAUGGCUUCAUCCGCAACGGUAUCCCUGGUGGUGGCAUCGCGACUGGUGCCGAGGGUAUCAAAUCCAAGGCUGAGCAAGCUCAGUUUGGCGGAAAAGCUGGGGAUUGGUAUGAUCCUUGCUACCACCAGCUAUGUGACGAUCUGUCCAAUGUUAACUACACUUCGUGGGUGGUCAAUACCAAGCUUAUUGCCCACUCCGUCGCAACGUAUGCCCGCUCAUUCAAGGGCUUCCCCGAGCGUACGAAGUCCGUUGCUCCGGCCGCGUAUCAUGAAGAGGUCAAAUAUCAUGGCUCUAAGCUAUUUAUAUAA